GCAACGUGAAGUUUGUACAAUCUGACAGCGUGCAUGUGUUUAAGCACCCUGGAGAUAUCUGUCAUGAUAUAGUACAGAAUAAAAAAGUUUCAGAAAACGGGAAGCAACACGAUAAUGUCUAUUCAAAUGGAAAGUACUGAUACGGAAGUAUACCCAGAGACUGACAAAAGUAACAAGGACUGUUCUCAAAUAUGCUGUUCAUCCAUAAACAACGAAAAUGUACCUGAGGGAGAGGAGGGAGCUGACCUUACAGCAUCACCAAGUAAUCUGGAUAUUGAGAAGUCAAGUUCAGUAGUUGACAACACUGUUCUAAGCAAUGCUGAAUUCUGCCAGUCAAGCCCAAGCCACGAGGUUAUUUUUACAGUCAGCAUUGUACUGGGAAUCCAUAAAGGAGGCGAAGAGGAUCCAGGUAACAACACAGAGAAUAGUAAGAAAAAGGAGAAGAAAAUUUUGUCCACAGGAGUAAUUGAAGCCCCAAAAUCCCAGGGCUACUACCACAUAGAGUACAGUUUGUUCCCCGAUGACCCUGAGCCAACCAAAGUCGACCUGGUCCUGUUUGGGUUAGCUGCAAAAGUCUACAUGGAAAACGACACCAAGGUUUUGAAACUGUGGCAGGAGGGAGGGAAGAUGUGGCUGGGCUGGACCCAGCCUGUGAAAGUGCAAGUCACAAGGGACCUGCUUUUGAAACUGACCUCUCACACGGUCACCUUUCGUGUGUGGGACACCAAAGACCGGGUAUCUGCGAAGGCCAAGUCCGACCGACCCAAAGCCUUCAGACUGCCUCGAGGAAAGCCCCAGGAAGACCCCGAACGCAGCGGCGGCCCCCCUGACUGUGAGGCGGCGAAAUCUGGUGGGAUCAAGGUUAUGGUGCAGAAGCUGAGAGCUCUUUGCCAAAAGGAAACUCCAAAUGCCACAAGCUCUCCAAGAAUGCACAGAAACUCCACCUCUGCUGACUGUGAGAACUCCUCUGAGCUAAAGAGUGUGACAGUUAAGCCCAAACAGGCCACCCUGGAAGUCACGGUCAGCGAGAGGGCGUCUUCCUCGUCCGUCGUAAACAGGGGCGGCUCGGCCGCUUCCGCGGGGGAACAUGUGCGCAGUAACAGACCUCUCAGUCAUGAAGAGGAGAGGGAUUCCAUUUUACCUGCCUGGAAGAGCCUAACGCUAAAAGCCAUCCAGGAUCUGAGUAAAGUGCCCACUAGACUGACACCAGCACAGGAGACCUAUGACCCAGUCCAGUCCAAAGCCCUGAGACCAAGGAGCACAACAGCCUUGUGUCCAGAGAAGCCCAGCUCCAUUAAACACCAGCCCCAGUUUUUGCCCAAGAGAAAGACUGCCAAGAAAGCCACACAAGAAAGUGUGGCGUUCGGUGAAAACGUCAAAAAGAAUGGCGUCGCUUCAGUCCAGCUCAGUCUCCUCCACUUACUGGCAGGAGGUAAGACAGUGACAGACUGCUUGGCUCCUUGCUUUCCUGGCGCCUGCAGGAUUGAAGGCAUCUGCAGCAUCUCUAUAGACAGGCAGCUGAUGUCAGAGGCACUGAGACUGGAGCUGAACCCACUGGUCAUCAGAAUCCUAUCUGCCUCAUCUCUACCCGCUGCUCCUGUCCCCUAUCAUGUGCUGAAGGAAAAAUGUCUCCCAGUCUAUUGCCAGUAUAAAUUCCACACCAUGAACGUACACAGGACGGGAGGCCAGGAACAUGGCGCCCAUGUGUAUUUCAGGGACGUGAAUGUGAUCUUAACUGGCCUGCUGAGCCCUGGGGAGCUUCGAGAGUGCCUGGGCGGGCCUCCGCUCACGAUCGAGGUCCACGACCGCGACAGGAAGAACACAGAGGACCCGUCCUGUGGCCCCGCCUUGUUUGGCGCAGAGCCUGGUAACGACCAGCUGAGCAGCAAGCGUGCGACCCUUCAGGAGAAGAGCACGCCGCGAAACCCAUGUGGGAUCGCAAAGCUGGACCUGUCCGAUCUACUGCAUGGGCAAAGGUGCAUGAAGCUGAGCGUGCCUAUUAACUGCUCGCCUCCGCUGAAUUCAGAGGGACAGGAGAGCGACAGAUGGAAUGCGGACGGACCCACAGAACCGCCAAUGCCUAUGGGCCUAUACCACGAUUUUAAUUCUGUGCUGAAAGUGUGGGUUGAAAUAGCAUGUCCGCUAACCCAGCUGAGCAGCAGCGCUGACGGGCCCUCUGAAGACUGCCCUUUCGGCCGCAUCGUUUACAUGUUCACGUGCCGCAACGGCACUGCUCUGACCAGGCUGAGGUCUGAGAUUCUGAGAAUCAACGCUGCCGCUUUUCAGCUGGAUUCCUUCUCAGAGGAAACAAUCAAGACAGCCCUGUCCUGCCACGAAAUGAGCACCGAGGACCAGGAGAGCAAAGAUUUGGACGUCGUCACAGGAUUCCACAUGCACGACAGACACAAGCACCUCUUCAUUCUCGAGGGCCUGAGAGAUAAGGCUAUCAAAAGACUAUGGGAAACUAUUCCGAUAAGGCUAUCUGACAGCGAGGAGGAACGGGUGGAGGUUCUCUAUAAUUCAGCGCUGAGCUUCUCUAACAGGCUGUAUGGCACAUUGGACUUGAGCCUGUGUCCCGUCCACCUCCACAAGCAGCUGGAGGUCAUCAUGAGACAGCCCGAGGUGUACUUAAGGGACACGGUCCCUCCAGCCUGUCUCCAGGCUCUCUCACGGAUUAGCCUUCUGCUCCAUGUGAAGAAGCUGAGGAACGUGGUGCAGAGCGGCCUUUUCCCCACGGCUGAGAUGAUCCUUAGUCUGAAUCGGGAAUUCGGAGUCGUUGCUGGGAAAGGCAAGACAAAGGCAACCCAGGUCGAGGGAAACGACGAGGCAGAAGCAGAAGUAUCCCCACAGCACACUGUGGCAAAUAAACUUGCGCCAUUGGACAAUUACAACAUCAAAUACAUGGAAUGGAAACAACAAAUGGUCAACCAGCAGCUUCACGGAAAGAUGAAAGACUUUAUUCAGGUCAACAUUGAAGAGGUGCAUCAAGCAAGCCUCAGUAUAAGGCAGAGGCUAAAGCCAGGAUCUCUUCCAGUGCCAAAUAUGGAAACCCACAGCUGUAGCACCCAGAUAUCAAACUGCAUUGAGCAGGCCCAAGAGCCACUGGGCAAGGAAAAGGAGCGCACAUGGAGGUUCUGCUGCAGCCAGGAGUACCAGCAGGCAUUGGCCGAAGCUGUGGAAGCCGAGGCCAAUUGGAAGGCCUCUGAGGCCAGGUCGAGAGCUGCCUGGCGCACACAUGAUGGCUUCAGGUUCCCAGGGUUCAAGAGCAGCGUAAAAUCCAACGAGCACCCCCGGCAGCCCGACGAGGCGAGGGUGGAGGAGCUGAGAAAGCCAUGGAGGGAAAACGUGCUGCAUGGCAACACCCUGAGGCCCACACUGACGCGGGACACUUGGCCCUGGAUCUCCCGCUCGCAGGACUUUGAGCGGUACAGGAAGUCUGCCCAGUUCUUUGGCUCUGUGCCCCCUGUCACCAUCCACCUGGCAGGGGAAAGCCUAAGGCAGGAACAGCUCCAGCACUACAGGACCGUGCGUGAGGGUUCCCCAGGAAACGGGCCGGUCCCUGAGUUUAAGUGCCACGUCGGUGUGGCACAGGGAAGCCUGGGAAAGCUGGAGGACCUGCUGAAGGACAAGCCCGUGAAGUACUCGUUAAGGAAACCUGGGAUGGUCCUGAAGCCCAUCCCCAUGGUGGCUGUGCUCGAGCACCCGGAGGUGCCCGGGCCGGAGGACGAGGAGAGAGAGGUCAGCCCGGCCUUCGCCCCGGGAGCACUGACGGACCACAGCCUGAGCUGGGACAGCAACGCCAUCCCGCGCCAAGACCCCCUCUACAACAAAUUCCACUUCACAGGUUACUGGAGGCCCCACUCUUUCCACUACAAGAGGGCAGCUGCACCCCUGACGGAGGAGGAGAGGUCUGCCUGCCUGUCCCAGCAGCCAGACCCGACCCCCCAGACCCCUGCCAGGGGCGCCCAGAGACAGCCCGUCGGAAACAUCAUGGAGACCAGAACCUACAGCCACAUCUACCUGCACGUGGUCUGA